UUAAGAGGGAUGGACACUACUUUAAUUGUAGUACAUCCACAGAUCUAAACAUUGACGCAAUAUAGGACGUCAUCACGUAAUAGCGACAUUUCAGCGAGUCAAUACAAGUGACUUCUGUAAAGUUACUGCUUCUCCUACUCUUAAAAACUGAGAUUGUGAGAAUGGAUUUAUUCAGUCGAUGAAGCAACAACGUAAGCGGCCUGUGAAUCAUCUGCAUCUACAGAGAAUCGAAUUUUAAAGCUAUGCAGUACGGGAAAUCUUUGACGAUCUUUGUUCGACGAUAUCCCAAAACGAUUGCUUUAGUUACAAUUACAGGAGUGGGACUAUUUGCUGUCCGAAGAUGGAUGUCAGGUGGGGUGUGUCGGAGCAAAGCUCGACUGGAUGGGAAGACUGUCCUGAUCACUGGAGCCAACACGGGGAUUGGCAAAGAAACAGCAGUUGAUUUGGCUAGCAGGGGGGCAAGGGUCAUUCUGGCUUGCAGAGACAUGACAAGAGCAAACCAAGCUGCAGAAGACAUUAGGCAGAGGAGUGGGAACGGGAAUGUGAUUGUCAAAAAGUUGGACUUGGCAUCACUGCAGUCAGUGCGACAGCUAGCCGAAGACAUCCUAGCAAGUGAAGAGAAACUAGAUAUCCUCAUCAACAACGCAGGUGUCAUGAGUUGUCCAAAAUGGCAAACUGAAGAUGGCUUUGAGAUGCAGUUUGGUGUGAAUCACUUGGGCCACUUCUUGAUGACAAACUGCCUUUUGGAUCUACUAAAGAAAUCAGCUCCAAGUCGCAUUGUCAAUGUCUCCAGUUUAGCUCACGAGAAAGGUGAAAUCCAUUUUGAUGACAUAAACUUAGAUAAGGAUUAUAGUCCCUGGAAAAGCUACCGGCAAAGUAAACUGGCAAAUGUUCUCUUCACAAGGGAGCUGGCCAAACGACUUAAAGGCACCAGAGUCACCACCUACUGCCUCCACCCGGGCAUCAUCCACACUGAACUGGGCCGGCACUUCUGGCCCACCAUGCCCCUGUGGAAGAGAGUGGUGUACCAGCCUCUGAUGCUGCUGAUCAAGUCCCCAACGGAGGGAGCCCAGACCUCCAUCUACUGUGCCAUAGAGGAGAGCCUGAACAACCAGAGUGGACUCUACUACAGUGACUGUGUCCCUAAAGCAGUGGCCCCACAAGGCCAGGAUGAUGAAGCUGCUAAGAAGCUGUGGGAGUUGAGUGCUUCCAUGGCACUGUUUACAAGUUUGCUACGAACAGUCAAAACCGAUGUCUUACUCAACCUACAGCACAUACAAAAGACAAGGACAUUUUCCUUUCAUUACUAAGUCCAUUUCCCAUGUUGUACUAAUGACAUACAG